CUUGGCCGUUGUUCGUCCUUCAGGACAAAGCUGCAAGCGUUUAUGCGCAAAGAAAAACGGCGCCUUGGACUUCCGUAGAGUUGACGAGAUUUCACAGAAUUGCCAGUCCACUGCCACAUCGAAAGGGUCAACGCAAAUUUCAAAACAGUAGCCUUUAUUAUUGGAUAACAGCCAUGACCUCGCAACUGGAAGCUGUUGUCGUUGGCGAGUUCUUUUCCCGAGCGGUGGGCGAAUGCGAUUGUUCGAAGAAUGGCGAUGUUUUGUCGAACGAUUCGCAACGGCUGGAAACCGAUGCCAUACAGAAAUUUUUAUCGGUCUGCUUAAAGCAAUAUUUUCACUGCUUCCCAGACAACACAAAGGAAACACCUGAGGGCAACAAUGUGGGAAGCCAAUUAAGUGCAGAUGUUUCUUGCAAAUUUUGCAAAGACGACAUGGUACCAGUUACGCUGGCUUUGAAGAAUCACCUUGACGUCUGCCCUUUAUUUCCAGUCAAAUGUCCUAACAUGUGUGGAAAGAUGGAGGUGCCAAGGGAAAAGCUUUCCAAUCAUAUCAUGGAAGAAUGCCCGAAGACCUGCGAACAGUGUGUCUAUCACGACAUUGGAUGUGCCUUCCAGGGUCCUAGAAGUGACUUGACGAAGCACCUUCAAGACAAUUCUGAGGAACAUCUACAAUUGGCUUUGGAAGUGAUCAAAGAGCAGAGAACAGAAAUGGGAAUACAGCGAGGGCGACUGAGGAAACAAGAAGAAAAUAUAAAUCAGCUGAUGGAAAGUGUCGGCAAACUGACAGCUCUGUGUGAGGAAACGCUAAAAAAUAAUGCCGACCAAGAAAAAACGAUGAAUCGAUUGUCUGAACAAUUAAAAGAGCAGAAAAAGCAUCAAUCUAAACACGAAAAGGAGUUGAGGCAGAGAAUGGCCGAAUUAGAGAAACAUGAACCGGAAAUGCCCCAGAACGGGUUAGCUCGUUAUCCAGGACUCAACGGUUACGGAGAACUUGUUUGGCGAAUUUCGAAUUUCUCCCGAAGAUUACAACGCGUUCAGUCGGGACGCGGCGAAGACCCAAUGACAAGCGAGCCCUUCUAUACUUCGGCAUUUGGCUACAAGAUUGUCGUGUGGGCCUACAUCAAUGGUAGAGGCAAAGAAACUGGGCGUUCCUUGUCUUUGUACGCAUGCGUCUUGUGUGGAGAGUAUGACGCAGUACUUUCCUGGCCGAUCAAACCUCGGUACACGUUUUCAUUGUUGGAUCAAAAUCCAGAUCCUGAAGCGAGAAAUGAUUUAACUCGCACACGAAAAGUUCACGACUUCAAACGUGAUGACGUCAGAAGAAAGGGAAUUGAUCGGCCUGGUCGAGAUGAGAGAGCCAUCAUUGUCGGAUUUGAUGAUUUUGUUAGACACGAAGAACUUGAAGCUGGCAACUUUUUAGCGGAUGAUAUUCUAUUUGUUCGCAUUCUUGUUGAUAUUCCUGAAUCUUGAAUUACCCUCUCAUCCUAGAACAACCUCGCUUCUUUACUUGUUAAGUCGUUUCAUUUUUGGUGUUAAAAUUUCCUACCAAAGUGACGUUUUUAACACAGGAGUCAAAUGUCGGGCAUGCGCAGUGAGAUCAAUUUCUUUGCCAGCUUCGCGCCUAGUUCCUGCGCUAACAAUUCGCUCACUAACCUUUACCUAAAUGACAACACAAGACAACUUUGGGAGGUAAGAGUGUGCUCGUAUUUAGUUUUAAAAAAGGAAAAAACGAACAAAGAAACUACGUAACAAACAGUACAACUUUAAGAUUCAUUACACUCUCUUAAAAUUGCCAUUCUCAUCUUAUAUCGCAUGACAGCAAGAUCAGAACAUGUACGAGCAAAUAUAUUACAAUAGACCGCGUACAAAACUAAUGGAAGCCGUUCAUUAACCAAUUUUCAACAUUACGUAUAAAUUAAAUAACUCCUACCAUAUGGAAUUAAUAUUUUGUUACAAUUUUUUGACUUCAUAGUUGGUUUGCGUAUGCCCAAGUAAAAUGAUUCAAAUGGCCUGCAAGCUAGGGACAUUUAAUGCCUAUGAAAAAAAAAAAAAAA